AUGAAGUUGGAUGAUGUCAUGAAAGAGUUGAUCAAACACAUGGAAGAUUUGAAACUGUUAACAACGGAUGCUCAACUAUACAAGGCUGAUGAAAUAUGGGACAGACUGCUUGACUUGAUACAGGAAUUGUACAAUCAUAGUUACAGAUCUACAGAUGUAUUGCUGCGCUUACAAAGUAUUGAACUGCAAGAUAUCACAGCCAAGUAUUUGGAGUAUAAUCGACCCAGUUUACAGAUCAAAGUAAUGGAGUUUACUACAGUAUUUUUGAGUAUGACGUACGGUGAUUAUCGGUUUAAAGCGAUAAAAACAUGUACAGAGUUAUUCGAUUGUGGACGCUGGAGUAAAGAGUAUAAAUUUGACAUCAAGCCAAUGGUUGAGAUUAUUGUUCACGAGUCGGAUCGAGAAAUGCUCAGAUUGGCAAUUGACCUGUUUUCGACCGUUUGUUAUGAUAUUGACGAUGAAAAUUUUGGCAUCGUGGUAUCAAGACUUGUUUCACGACUGGAAUCAUCCAAUGGUCUAGUUGCUGUUGGGUUUAUCAAAAAUCUUAAAACCAUAUUUUGUAAUAUUCAUCGUCAUGACCCAGUAAAAGCAGUGGAGUGUGGUAUCAUUCCAGCAAUAGUCAAUACGCUCAGGAGUGUCGAUCAAGCAGUGAUUUAUGAAAGUAUUGAUACUAUUCGGAGUUUAUGCAAUGUUACAGAAUGUGAAGUACUUUCAGCCGAGUUGAUAAGGUCGGGUUUGAUUCAAGCACUGAACGACUUGUAUAUCAAAUACAGCGACAACUCUAGACUAAAAACACGCAUAAUCAAGAUAGCUGUAGCAGCUGCAUCCAAAAUGCACGAUUUUCCUGUAUCGCUUGUACGAUCGUUGGUUUUUGAGCAAUUGACGAUAUUGAUGUAUGAUGCCAAUAUGUAUGAUUUUUUGUAUCUGUUUGAAUAUGUCAGCGACAUGAUUCAGAAAUCUACAAACAAGGCCGAGAUGAUCAAGGUGUUUCAAGAAUAUGAAAUUGUAAAGCAACUCAACACUAUUCUUUCACGUAGAGAUGUAAAUUUGUAUGGCUGUUUUGGUAUUGUAAAACUACUCAAAACACUUGUUGAUUUUGCCGACAAUCAUCCCGACAGUUCAAUACGUACCGAGUUGGAUCAAGGCGGGAUGUUUGAAAAUCUAAUGGCUAUUGUAAAAUCGGAUGGUACUCACUACACAAACAGAAGGGUUGCUGGCCAGAUCAUUGAAACGUGUUUCCAACAUCUGGUUUACACUGCUAAUUCGGAUAUUCAGCCAUACAACGACAAUGACAAAAUUGAUAUGAGUUCUGGAAUGGCCGGAGAUACACAUGGACAGGCACGCACACUUGUCGAAAUGCGGUAUAUCCAGUAUCUCCAUUCUAUACUUUGCAAACCCAUGUGGUGGAUCGAUAUCACAAACCAGCAUAUUGUGGAGCAAUGGAGGGCUGACUCACUCGAUCGGAAUAUAUCACCAUCAACAUUUAAUCUUGCACUGGGACAACUCGAGUUUUUUGUCAAACAGUUUGUUUGUAGUGGCAGUGAUGGAUUUGGCACAAUUGUACCAGGACCUGUUGAACUGACGUAUAUACUGGACAAUGGCAUACCUGACAAUGCAAUCCCGAAGUUUAUAUCACACAAGUUCCAAUGUCUUCCGAGUGAAUUUCGUGUCGAACAGGAUGGCAGUGUGACCAUCAACUCAUACAUCAACAAUCUGAAUCCGAUAUGGCAUCGAGACAUGUACAAAUGCAUUGCCAAAAUAUUCAAAUGUUUUGUCCCAAUGUUUGAAAGUCUGUUCAGAACGAUGGAUCCAGUGUUCAAGUAUAUUGAUAUUCACAAUGGCACAAAGGGAUAUGAACCACCAAACCAAUCAAGUCGUGGUGGUAUGGAACCAGACACUCGAGUCAUUCGUCCCGUGUAUGUACCAACACUUCCGGAACAUUUUGAACCCAGUUAUGAAUCGGCAAAGCCAGUAUCACUGCGUGGUCGUAAUCUACAAGUCAUUGUCAAACUCACCAACAUUCAACUGACACCAUCCAAACCUAAAUACAACGAGGGAGACUGGCACAUUGAAGGUCCAAUUAACGAAUCGAUUGUUGCAACUGGACUGUAUUACUAUGACGUGGAAAAUAUCACCACACCCAAACUCGAUUUCCGCGAGGCUGUUGAUUUUUAUUAUCAAAGAGCAUCUGAUAUGUAUUGGAAAGAUGUGUAUGACAUUAUUAAUCGAGAAUCACGACGCAAUCAGUAUAUAGGAUCGCUUGAAGUACCAAAUGAUCCAACUCAACCAGGACACUGCAAGAUUCUGACAUUUUUUGUAGUAAAUCCAGCAUGUCGGACUGUUUCGACUGCGCAUGUGGCUCCACAACAACCACAAUGGUACAACUCGAGUCUUGACAAGACACCCAUACCGCCUGAACUGUGGAAUGAUGCCACGCAGUAUAUUCAAGGUGUUCAAUCACCAGCUGAAGCCAAACACUAUCGAGAUGAAUUGACAAGUGACCGAACUCGAAUCACAGCAGCAUACAACAAAAAACUAUAUGAGCGAAAGUAUAGUGAUUGGUGA